CCCAAGGAGCUGAGCAUGACGCGGGACGAGGCACAGCCGGACUCACAUUCCACAGAGGGUUUCUAUGAGAACUAUGAGCCCAAGGAGAUCCUGGGCAGGGGAGUUAGCAGUGUCGUCAGGCGCUGUAUCCAUAAGCCCACGCGCAAGGAGUAUGCUGUGAAGAUCAUUGACGUCACCGGCGGGGGCAGCUUCAGCCCCAAGGAGGUGCAGGAGCUGCGAGAGGCCACGCUGAAGGAGGUGGACAUCCUGCGCAAGGUGUCAGGGUACCCCAACAUCGUACAGCUGAAGGACAAUUAUGAGACCAACACUUUCUUCUUCUUGGUGUUUGAUCUGAUGAAGAAAGGGGAGCUCUUUGAUUACCUCAAUGAGAAGGUCACCCUGAGUGAGAAGGAAACCAGGAAGAUUAUGAGAGCCCUGCUGGAGGUGAUCUGCACCCUGCACAAACUCGACAUCGUGCAUCGGGAUCUGAAGCCCGAGAACAUCCUCUUGGACGAUGACAUGAACAUCAAGCUCACAGACUUCGGCUUUUCCUGCCAGCUGAAGCCGGGAGAGAAGCUACGAGAGAUCUGUGGGACCCCCAGUUACCUGGCCCCUGAGAUCAUUGAGUGCUCCAUGAACAGUGACCACCCGGGCUACGGGAAGGAGGUGGACAUGUGGAGCACAGGGGUCAUCAUGUACACCCUCCUGGCUGGCUCCCCGCCCUUCUGGCACCGGAAGCAGAUGCUGAUGCUGAGGAUGAUCAUGAGUGGCAACUACCAGUUUGGCUCCCCCGAGUGGGAUGACUACUCGGACACCGUGAAAGACCUGGUUUCCCGCUUCUUGGUGGUGAACCCCCAGGGCCGCCUCACCGCAGAAGAGGCCUUAGCGCACCCCUUCUUCCAGCAGUAUGAUGCAGAGGAAGUGCGGCACUUCAGCCCCCGGGGCAAGUUCAAGGUGAUCGCUCUGACAGUGCUGGCUUCGGUGCGGAUCUACUACCAGUACCACCGGGUGAAGCCUGUGACCCGGGAGAUGGUCAUGCGUGACCCCUACUCCCUCCGGCCUCUGCGCCGACUCAUCGAUGCCUGCGCUUUCCGAAUCUACGGCCACUGGGUGAAGAAGGGCCAGGAGCAGAACCGGGCUGCGCUCUUCGAGAACACACCCAAGGCCCUGCUGCUCUCCCUGGCCGAGAAGGACGACUGA